AUGGACGAAUUCGCGGAUCUGGACAUCUCUGAUUACGAGGAUGACUCGGCAACACUGGCCCGACGAGCGAGGAUCGAAGCGGCUCGGCUCCAGGCGAGGGACUAUUCGGCCAAGUUGGACGAACCCGAGGUGCGUGAGAGCGCGUGGGACUUGCAUGCAUACUUCGCAAGUUGCUGAACUGAACGCUUGAUCGUAGUGGUACCUUACCUCUGAAACUCAAUCCAGCACCCUCUCCACAACCCCACCGCAAGAGGACCAUGGAUCCACCUCGCAGCUCAAAGACCUUCACCGCCGGAAGAUCUUCGCGAUCCAGCACCACUACCUCCAACGUUCUUAUCUCACCAGCCUGAAUCUCGCCCUCACUCUUUUGAACGGCAACUAUUACAUCCGUGGUGACGGGUCCGAAGACGUCGAAGUGCUCGAUUUGAUCCUCAGAUCUUUCCUCAAGCUUUGGGAAGAGGAUCGAGAGGGCCUCGUAGGAGCUGGAGCAUGGAAAGAGCAAGGACCGAUGAUUGUUGAGAUGGCGAGAAAGUGGUCGAGUUAUGUGCGUACGAUCUUCAACGGCAAAGGCACGCCACCAAUCUCACACCAGCUGAUUUGGAACACCCUUUCUCGGACCACAGCGAGGCGUCCCAACCUUUUCCUUCACAGCCUCCAAAGUCCUCUUCCUUCUAUCCACCGAUCCCUCCCCACCAGUCUCCAUCGAAAACCUCCAAGAAAACCUCGCCCCAAUUCUCAACGCGCUCAAGCUCCACUCGACCCAAAUUCGAUACCUCGCGCAGCUCGAACGAGUUCUUCAAUUUCUCGAUCGACCCGUCCUGGCUAAGGCGUUGACGAAUCCGAAUGGACCCGAGGUGAUGAUGGAAGAUAAAAGGAAAGCUUUUGAAGGGUUGACUUUAACUGAGGAAGAACGGUCGACGUUGGAGAAAGUCACGGGUUUGCGAGGGGAGGUCAAGGAUGAGCCGCAGGAGGAUCACCUCAGGGACGUUAGAAGUUUAUGA